CCAUUUUCGGCGGCGGGAGCGGCACGGGCGGCGGAGCUGCGGCCGCGGGGAGGAGCUGAGGGGACAGCGCGCGGGCGGCCGAGCAUGCUGCGGGGCGGCCGCGCCGGCGCCACUCGCUCGUGACCGCAGCGCCGCGCCUGAGGCGACCGAGGCUGCGGGCCCGGCGCGCAGUCUCCGCUCCGCGCACGCGCACGGCGGCGCCUCCGGUGCUGACAGCGCGAGACGGCGCGGCCCCGCAGGAGCAGGACGAAUGUAUGACAACAUGUCCACAAUGGUGUACAUAAAGGAAGACAAGUUGGAGAAGCUUACACAGGAUGAAAUUAUUUCCAAGACAAAGCAAGUAAUUCAGGGCCUAGAAGCUCUGAAGAAUGAACACAAUUCCAUUUUACAGAGUUUACUGGAGACACUGAAGUGUUUGAAGAAAGAUGAUGAAAGUAACCUGGUGGAGGAGAAAUCAAACAUGAUCCGAAAGUCCCUGGAAAUGUUGGAGCUUGGCCUGAGUGAGGCACAGGUUAUGAUGGCUUUGUCAAAUCACCUGAAUGCCGUGGAGUCCGAGAAGCAGAAGUUGCGUGCGCAGGUGCGCCGCCUGUGCCAGGAGAACCAGUGGCUGCGGGAUGAACUGGCCAACACACAGCAGAAACUACAGAAGAGCGAGCAGUCUGUGGCUCAGCUGGAGGAAGAAAAGAAGCAUUUGGAAUUUAUGAAUCAGCUCAAAAAAUACGAUGACGACAUUUCCCCAUCUGAGGAUAAGGACUCGGAUUCUACCAAAGAGCCUCUGGAUGACCUUUUCCCCAAUGAUGAAGACGACCCAGGACAAGGCAUCCAGCAGCAGCACAGCAGCGCGGCCGCCGCGGCCCAGCAGGGCGGCUACGAGAUCCCCGCGCGGCUGCGCACGCUGCACAACCUGGUCAUCCAGUACGCCUCCCAGGGGCGCUACGAGGUGGCCGUGCCCCUCUGCAAGCAGGCGCUGGAGGAUCUGGAGAAGACGUCGGGACACGACCACCCAGACGUGGCCACUAUGCUCAACAUCCUGGCCUUGGUCUACAGGGAUCAAAACAAAUACAAGGACGCAGCCAACCUACUGAACGACGCCUUGGCCAUCCGUGAAAAGACGCUGGGCAAAGACCAUCCUGCGGUGGCGGCCACUUUGAAUAACCUCGCGGUCCUCUACGGGAAGCGAGGGAAGUACAAGGAAGCCGAGCCCUUGUGCAAACGGGCCCUGGAGAUCCGAGAAAAGGUACUGGAGCACGGAGGGUUCUCCUUCUCUGACAUCGGGUUUUCUUGUGUUUUUAAAAAAAAUUUCAGUUUUAGGUUUUGAGAAAUGACCACUGUGAUGUGUUAUACUGAUCAUUUAUUGAAAAUAACUCAUUUAAUAGGGCAGACAGCCCACAAAACAAGGCCAGACUGGCCCAUACAGGUCCGUGUGCAAGACCCAGUUAUGAGGAGUGUGUGUUCUGACAGGGGCAGUCCUGAGGCCAUGCUCUCCCCAGCCUGGUGUGGCCUGGAAAUGACUCUCAUCGAAGAACGUCUAAGGACUAGAGGUGGAAAGCCUGGGGCAUUACAUUUG